CAGAGCACAGCCAGCUGUGAGGUCACGUGGGAGGGCGGCCCGGCAGAAGGCGGAAGUGCGCUGUGUAUGUGUGUGUGUGUGUGUGUUGGCUGCUGUCAGUCUCCUGUCAUGUAACAUGUCCUGUAGGCAGCAGGUACCUGUGUAGUCAGGGAUGUCACGUAUGGAGAGCCGGUGGUAGUGGUACAUCGAUGUACAGGUGCCCAUGCAUGCUGUGUGUGAUGUCAUUGGCGGGCAGUGUACACAGUUGUGGUGCAAUGUGCUGCAGUGUGCUGGACUAACUAGCUGUCUGACCAUAGCACUGGCCUACAGACCGUGUGGCAUACACACUCCUGGUGCAUGUUACAUGCUGUGCCAGUGCGUUACACUGCAUGUAGCUGCCAUAACAUGCACUCUGUGUGAGGUAAGCUAGAGGUACAGUGACAGUGUAUGUACAUUGCUUAGGGUUACAUCUGUCCAGUCAUUGGCAAUGCCUUGUACUUGUGGGAACUGGAGAAGAUGGAUCCGUCCACUGGUUGUCCUGCUGUACAUAAUAGGACUUGUGGUGGGGAUUCCAGUGUGUAUUUGGGAGCUGCAGAAAAUGGAGGUUGGAGUACACACAAAGGCAUGGUUUAUCGCUGGAAUAUUUGUACUUAUGACAAUACCAAUAUCCCUUUGGGGAAUUUUACAGCAUCUGGUUCAUUACACACAGCCUGAAUUACAGAAACCAAUAAUCAGAAUUCUGUGGAUGGUGCCCAUUUACAGCGUAGACAGUUGGAUUGCCUUGAAGUAUCCAGACAUUGCCAUAUAUGUGGAUACAUGUAGAGAGUGCUAUGAAGCAUAUGUCAUCUACAACUUUAUGAUUUUCCUCUUGAACUAUUUAACAAAUCGCUGUCCAAAUCUAGCCUUGGUACUUGAGGCUAAAGAUCAGCAGAGGCAUCUACCUCCACUGUGCUGCUGUCCACCAUGGCCUAUGGGAGAUGUGUUGUUGUUUCGAUGCAAGUUGGGUGUGUUGCAGUAUACAGUGGUUCGGCCAGUUACAACUAUAAUUGCUCUGAUUUGUCAGUUGACUGGCAUCUAUGGUGAAGGAGAGUUUAGCCUAAAGAAUGCAUGGACGUACUUGGUUAUAAUCAACAAUGUGUCUCAGCUGUUUGCCAUGUAUUGCCUUAUCUUGUUUUAUAAAGUACUGAAGGAAGAACUGAACCCUAUUCAGCCAGUUGGAAAGUUUCUCUGCGUGAAGAUGGUUGUCUUUGUUUCAUUCUGGCAAGCGGUAUUGAUUGCACUCAUGGUAAAAGUUGGAAUAAUUUCUGAAAAACCUGUGUGGGAUUGGAAGAGUGUCAAAGAUGUUGCUACAGGACUGCAGGAUUUUGUUAUUUGUGUGGAGAUGUUCCUGGCAGCCAUAGCUCAUCAUUUUAGCUUUUCAUACAAGCCUUAUGUUCAGGAGGCUGAAGAAGGAUCAUGUUUUGACUCUUUUCUUGCUAUGUGGGAUGUAUCUGAUAUCCGAGCAGAUAUAUCUGAACAAGUACGCAAUGUUGGGAGGACCGUAUUGGGCCGGCCUAGAAAGAUGUUUUUCUCCGAUGACCUGGAGCAGAAUGAACAUACGAGCUUGCUGUCCUCCUCAACUCAGGAUCCUAUAUCUGCAGUUUCUUCUAUUCCCCCAUCUCCAUCUGGACACUAUCAAGGGUUUGGUCAGACAGUAACACCUCAAACUACACCCACAUCUGCAACCGCUCCUGAGGAGCUCUACAGCGCAGAGUCUCCUGAGCAAGAGCUACCUGAGCUACCUGUGCCAGCACCUGAACUCGAUGAUGUGGAGGUAUCUCACGAGAGCAGCAAGCGCUAGUUCUCUUAAUUCUGUGGCACAGGAAACCGUGCCAAAUUUUCUCAUGACUUGAAUCGCCUCUAGGAAAAAUGGUGCCGGCAUGGGCAUCUGCUGCUGUCAGAAAGUUAGAUCUGGAUGACGCCCACUUUGGCGUUAUUUUCAGAUUUGUACUUUUCUUAUUUUAUAUGUAAAGGUUUCUGGUUCUUGUUGUGUACUACCACAGAGGUGAAGAAAGCUGACUUUCAUAAGAAUAGGUGGCCUAGCUUGAUUAAAUAUAUUUGAUAUCUUAUACUAUGAAGGCAAAACAAAUCUUAAAGGGAGUCGUAUAUCUUCAGAUGACUCAUUUUAUUUGUUGCUACAUGUCAUCUUGAUUUUUUUUUUUUAAUGUAAAACUUUACUUUAUCUUUCUGGAUUCUAUUUAUUUAUUUUUUAUUUAUAGAUUUUUAUUAGGUGGGGGGCUCAACAAAGUCUUUAUAUCAUCCAGAUAGAACACAUGUUUAUAAUAUAGUGAUGACAUUCUACCCCAUACACUGACAACAGGUUUAAAAGAGUUUUGUGUAAUAUCCAAGACCAAUUAAUACAAACAACUGUACCUAGAUGAUGCAGGGUAAGGCAAAAAAACAAACAAAAAAAACUCACAGAUUUUAAAGGUUAACAAAAAAGGUAUGGUCAAUGCUAUUCAAAAUUAUAGUACAUUAUAGUACAAUUGGUCUUGAAUAUAAUAUCAUAAUUUCUUGGUGUAUAGCAGCCAUUAAUGGUUCUUGGUCGAUGUUUGCAGACCUCAUCUGUCAGAUGACCCCGCUGGCUGUGUAGAGGCUUUUCAUAAAACUGAUGAGGAUUGUUUUCGGCCAGUAACGAAUAUUCUACUUGUUAAUGUAGCCAGACAAAUGAAUGUGAGCUUCGUCAAGAAAUUGCAGCGAUAACGCCGGAAAUAACCCGCCGAGUGAUGCAAAACUUCAGAAACGGACUACAAAUGUGUAUCACGAUCGAAGGCCACCAUCUGGACAAUGUCAUGUUCAAAACCAAUUGAAAAUUAACGGUGUUCCGUGCAUUUUUAGUAGAUUAUGUACUAAACUUUGAAUAGCAUUUACCAUGCCUUUUUUGUUACCUUUAAAAUCUGGGAGUCUUUUUGUUUGCCUCACCCUGUAUAAAGGUUGCUGUGAAAGUUAACAGAAAGAUAAAGUAAAAUCAUCUGAAGGUUGAAUAUUUCUAUUAACAUUAAACAAAAUGAUGUAAUGCAAGAAAAAUCCUUAAUUUUGGAAACACCGACCACACUGGGGUUCAGUGGUAAGACAUUUAACUGAAGGUUCGAAGUUAAUCUUUUUAUUUUCUUUGCACAUUUUUUCCCCCAGCCUUAUAAAGUUGAUACCUUUUUUUUUAAUUUAAAAAUAUCCACUAAUUGUAAUAUUUUGAUCUACAUGUACAGCACACAUUUAAACUGAAUCUUAACAGCUAAGCUGUAUUCUAAAACUAAAAUUCUGGAUGUUUGAUUUGUAAUCUUCUGAUUAUAUAAAUCAUUGCAGGAGGCAUUUAUACACUGAACAAUUAUUCUGCAAGGUCAUUUUAAACACAGACACCAGUAAUCUAUAUAAAGCCUCUCUGUCCGCAGCAUUUGCUAGUAAGACAUCAACUCUCAAAUGGGAGCAAAAUAAAUUGGGGAGUGGCAAAAUCUAAUAAUAGUGAGAAAAAUAAUAAUUACAAAAAUUAACGUAACUUGGCAGCAUUAAACUAAUUAAUACUAAAAUAUAAAAUUUAUUUAAAAAAGUACCCCAUACUAAUUUAGAUGUAAAUUAUGGCUUUAUUGAAUGGACAUUGUUUAUUUAAACAACACCGUUUUUAGUUAGUCAUUGACAAUUAUAUGCCACUUCUUUUACUCCUGAUUAUCUUCCACCACCUGCCAUAUGCUUUAUACCACAGAGCUUUAUUUAUACAUUGUCUGUACCACUCCGGAGCAGAAAGAACUAGUAUAGAUGUAUGCGCUGCCAAGUCACCACAAAGCACAGUACGUUCGUUCGUUCCCGGCUGAGUCUCCUCUAGGUUCUAACAGCUUUGUGUUACGUAAGACUGAAACUCCAUUUGCCCUCUUCUUUUAUUAUAACGUGUAUAUUGUGUUCUGUGAUAUUGUUAGAAAGGUCACUCGCAGUGGUGGAGUUCAGGAUUCUAUUAUAGGGAAAAAGACUAUUUGAAUGUAAUUUUGUUGAAAAGUUCAUGUUCAAUGUAUUUCUUCUUAAACACGUCUAUCCUCUGCAAUGUCAUGUUCGCAUUUAUGUAGUACUGUGUUAGGGAAUACACCUAACGCAUUUGGAUGGGUUCGCUUAGUUGAUCUACUGUAUAUUUUGGCAAUUCAUGUGUUUUAGCGGCCUGUGUCUCGAAGUACUAGUUGUAUUUAUUUCAAUAUGCAACACCUCCCUUGCUGCAGGGUUAAAACCUUCCUAUGGAGCACACCAGAUGCCACUGCACUCAAAUAAAACAUUGCCUACUGUAA